AUGGCAGCAACAAAAGAGCGAAUUACAGCCAAAAAUCUACACAAAGAUACAGAUAAAACCUCAUUACCUAUCUCAUUCGAGCCCUUUGAGUUGCCCUCCUCGAACCAACGUGUCCUGGGGCCUCCCCAUCCACCCAACACAGUGAUCCCACUUGCCCUUCAACUGACACACAACAAUGCCCCUAGUCUUGAUGACAUAGUCGAGACGAUCAAUAAGAUACAACAGCAAGAUGAGACGUUUACCAAACGACUUGCCCAGCAUGGUACCCUCCUCUUCCGCGGUCUCCCCAUCUACAACGCCGAAGAUUUCAGCAAAUUCGCCCACGCCUUCGGCUACAAGCCUCAUGAAAUCAUCGGAAUAGUUGUUGACAGGCCACUACUAGCACCGAAUGUCUCUCCAGCUAACGAGGCACCGAAAGAGGUGCUUAUCUACAACCACAACGAAUCCCCACAAGUGCCACACGCACCCGAAUACAUUUUUUUCUAUGGCCAACAUGCUCCUAGAAAGGGUGGCGAGUCGCCCAUCUCAUCAUCGCUGGAGAUAUUUAAUCGCGCGCAGCGUGAAAUCCCCGAGUUUGUUACCGAACUAGCAGAGAAAGGAAUAUUGAGUCGAGUGACAUACAAGAAUGAGAAGCAAUAUGAGGGCGGUUCCACGCUUCGUCAGGCAUUUGGUAAAGAGAUUGUCGAAGGAGAUGAUACAGAGACCAGACGAGCAAAGAUUGAGGCUCAGAUUGCGCGAUAUGGACGGGGGAAGCAUACAACAUGGGAGUGGACGGAUGAUAGCCUGGUUCUGACGCAUCGGUUGCCCGGAAUCAGAACUCAGCCUGGAACUAAUCUGCCGACUCUUUUCACUGGAUUGGCAUCUUAUUGGAAGAACAGCCAGGUGAAUAUUGGGGCUCGCAAGAAUGUCACGCAACAGCUUUUUGGGGAUGGGACUGUCAUCCCAGAGAAGUACCUGGCCCAUCUUGCCAAGAUUACUGAUGAGGUUCGGGUCUUGCAUCGGUGGCAGGAGGGUGACGUGCUUCUUUUUGAUAAUGUUAUCGCUCAGCAUGGACGAGAACCUUGGGAAGGUGAGCAGACUGAUCGAGUAGUUCUGGCAAGCUUGUUCGAUGGACCGAGUGUCCCAGGGGCAUAUGGGUAUGGUGACUGGGCUCAACUGGUUCAGGCAUUAGAUUGA